AAAUGCUACGUCGGGACCUACUUAACCUAAGAGAGCAGUGAGUCAUGGCAAGUCGAAUAAAUAAGCCAGCAUCUCCAACGACCUCGCAACCUGCCACAGACAAACCCAUCACCAUGUCGUCCGCUCGCGAUAUCAACCCCGGCGCCCCAACCUCGAGAUCCGUCGUCUCCAGCUGGGGCCAGAAUCUUUCCACCUCGCCCGUCGCCACGCUGCAGUCGCCCACGGCCAGUCUCGGCGGACUGCUGCCCCGGAGGAGCGUGCCCAAGCUGCUCAAGCCCUUCAACACGCAGGACAUCAAGAUCCUGCUGCUGGAGAAUGUCAACCAGACCGGGCGUGACAUCCUCACGGCCCAGGGCUAUCAAGUGGAAGCCCUCAAGUCCUCGCUGCCUGAAGAUCAGCUGAUUGAGAAGAUCCGUGACAUCCAUGUUAUCGGCAUCCGCUCAAAGACGAAGCUGAGCGAGCGAGUUCUCAGCGAAGCCAAGAACCUGCUCGUCAUCGGAUGCUUCUGCAUCGGCACCAAUCAGGUCGAUCUCACCUAUGCUGCUCGUCGCGGUAUUGCCGUCUUCAACUCCCCGUUCGCCAACUCUCGCAGUGUUGCAGAGCUCGUCAUCGCCGAAAUUAUCACCCUGGCGCGCCAGCUUGGCGACCGAUCCAUUGAAAUGCACCGUGGCACCUGGAACAAGGUCAGCGCAAAGUGCUGGGAGAUUCGUGGCAAGACAUUGGGAAUCGUUGGUUACGGACACAUUGGUUCCCAAUUGUCGGUCCUUGCCGAAGCCAUGGGCAUGAACGUCAUUUACUAUGACGUCGUCACCCUGAUGGCUCUUGGAACCGCUCGCCAAGUGCCCUCACUAGACAACCUUUUGGAGGAGGCAGACUUUGUGACUCUCCACGUGCCCGAUCUCCCCGAAACGAGAAACAUGAUCUCCGCCGCUCAGCUGGACCGCAUGAAGGAGGGAUCGUACCUGAUCAACGCGAGCCGUGGAACCGUUGUCGAUAUCCCUGCCUUGGUCAAGGCGAUGCGCUCAGGGCACAUUGCCGGCGCCGCCCUUGACGUUUACCCCAACGAGCCCGCUGGCAACGGUGACUAUUUCACAAACAACCUGAACCCCUGGGCGGAAGAGCUCCGCAGCCUGAGCAACCUCAUCCUCACCCCCCACAUCGGUGGAAGCACAGAGGAAGCACAGCGUGCAAUUGGCGUUGAAGUUGCCGAGGCAUUGGUUCGUUACAUCAACCAAGGUAUCACUCUGGGAAGUGUCAACCUUCCGGAAGCCCAGCUUCGAUCCCUCACCCUGGACGAGCCGGAGCACGCUCGUGUCAUUUACAUCCACCGCAACGUACCAGGUGUGCUGCGUAAAGUCAACGAGAUCCUCGGCGACCACAACGUCGAUAAGCAGAUCAGUGACAGCAAGGGAGAUCUGGCGUACCUGAUGGCCGAUAUCAGCAACGUAAGAUAUGAGCAGAUCAAGGAUAUCUAUGAGAGCCUGGAGGGCCUCAGCUCCUGCAUCAUGACGAGAGUCCUCUACUAGAGCAAAAGUUUUGGCAUAUUGGGGGGAAUGGCAUAGUUUGCUUGCUUCAACAGUCGGGUUGGUAUUGACGACAUGGUAUCGAUAGCAGUUUCAACAGCAUCGUCCCCUUUCCAG